AUGAGAGCAAAAACAAAAGUGUUUGCUCCACUCAGUGAACAGCAGCUUCUUGAGGAGAUGAGAGAUUCGUUUGACAAAUCACCAAUUGUCACAAGGAGUGCAAUGAAAGCAAUCAACAGCCUUGUGCAUAUGUUGAGCGUGACUAGUAUUAGCGAAGCGUCAAUUAAAGAAGCGUACAUAACAUUACUGAAGGGAUUUCAGUCAAAAGACAUAUACCUGAAGGCAGGGAUGUAUUCUGCCAUUGAUGAACUAUCGAGGCACUUUGAUGAGGGACUGGUUGCUGCGAACAUACUAAUGAAUGAUUUGAAUGGAAAGAUCAGCGAUGACAUGAAAGCGAUGGCAUUGAAGACAUUAUUUUGUAUUUUACCUGCUGACAUGAUCUAUGAUUUUGGAAAGUAUGUGAGCCAAGCUUUUGUAUCUCCAAGUGUGAUAAGAAGAGACAUGGCAGUGCUUGUGUCAUGCAAACUUCUUCGUGACGGUUUUAGUGAGGUGAAGGAGUGGAUUGACGAUGUUGACUCGAACGAUGACUCGAUGACAAGCUAUCAUGCAGCAAGAUUUUUGAUGCAAACAAGGAAGCUUCGGCUUGGCAUUGUUGAAAGCCUACGAGGGCCUUCUGGAAUCAUUGGUGCAAGAGUGGUAGUAGAGCAAGCAAAGAGUGGAAAUUCCGAAGCAUUGGCAAUGUUGAAGAAACUAUUAGGAUCGAAAUACAGUGAUGAGAUGGUGUUUAUUGAGGCAGCGAAGGGCGUCUGUGUAAUUGGAGAAGAGUAUGCAUCUCAACUUGUUCAGCAAACGGUUCAGUCCCUGAGGAUCUUUCUGAAAUCUACAAAUAUUGCGCUUCAGUUUAGUGCAAUGAGAAUUAUUUCAGGUCUUGCGUUAAGAUAUCCACAUAAGACAUCAAUUGCGAACAAAGAGGUUGAGGAUCUAGUGAUGUCAGAGAAUAAGACAAUCUCAAUGUUUGCAAUUACAUCAUUGCUAAAGACAGGGACUGAGGAAACUAUAGACAGACUUGUGAAGCUGAUUCCAGGGAUGAUUGCAGAAAUGAGUGAUGGGCUUAAGAAGAUUGCGAUUGAAACGCUGGAGACACUCAGUAACACAUUUGAAUCAAAGAAGCCGGUGUUUAUUGACUUUCUGUCGAGUGCACUUUCUCAGAAGGGUGGGCUUGAGUUCAAGAAGUAUAUAGUUAGUGUUAUUAGUAGAGUUGUGAGUGGUGAUGAUGUAAGGGACAGGGUACUGGAGUUUCUGUGUACAUAUGCUGAGGACUCACAGUACUAUCAGAUAACACUGGACAUUCUUGGGAUAUUUGGCCAAGAAAUACCGAAGUCUAAGGUCCCUGGAAAGUAUGUUGUGCAUGUUUUGAAUAGGCUGAUUUUGGAGAAUAACCACGUAAGAGCAGCAGCAUUACAGUGCCUGUACGACAUAUCGCAUGUAGUAUCUAUUGAUACAGUCGAGGGUGCACUGAGGAAAAGUCUUGAUGACCGAGAUGAAAUGGUUAGGGGUAUUUCAUUGUUUUUGCUGCAGAACCUGAGGCUUGCGAAGUCUUGCCAACCUUUUAUGCUUGAUGAGCUUGGUGAUUUGAAAGAAGCUGUUCUUGAACACCUUGGACAGAAAGAAGAGCAUGAAGAAUGCAAGGACAAACUUUUCAUCAAGGAAUGCAGAGAGGUGACUCUUACUGAGGAUGCUUCAGAUGUUAGAGUGAGUGUGGUUAAAAGGAUGUAUGAGAAUAAGGUAGUGUUUAUAUUUAGUAUUGAAAACAUAGUGGAGGGGAUUCAGAUAUGCAAUGGGAUUCUAAGCUUUGCCACUACAGGAGCGAACGGUAGAAGUGAGGGAAGCAUAAAGAUCGAUCAGAUAGCAUUUGGAGAAGUCAAGGUAUUUGAGACCGAAUGUAGUGUUGAAGAGGAAUGUGUAAUCAACGGAGUGCUUGAAUACACGAUGUGUUCAGAAAAAGACGUGUCUGAUACUGAGACAGACUCAGUAACACUGAAGCCAUUCCAGAUCACAAUUAUGGACUUUGUAAGGCCAUUAGUAGUUAAGAAUGCCUCAGAAGUGUGCAAGAAAGCGGUGUUUGGUCUACAAGGCGAUGUAUAUGUGGCAGGAAAGAAGAUUCUCGAUCUAUUGAACAUGAAGAUGGCAGGACAAGAAGUGUCAAACAACACCAUGGAGAUGCAGCUUACUGGCCAGUAUUACAAAAUACCUAUUGAAGUUCGUAUAAGCAUUACAAACAGUGGAGCGGCCUGUAAAUGCAUUGCAGAUGUCUACUGCAGUGACGAAGAGAUAGGAACAAAGAUUACUAAGCUGUUUGAUUAA